AGCUGCACCCGAGCUCUGUCCUGUGGCUCUCCUGCUCCGUUUGCCAACGAGAUUCCAGAACAUCCACUAAAAUAUCGACGGAACAACCAGCGAGGAGAGAGAAAGGCCGGAAUUCUUAGUAGAGAGAGAAACAGAGGCUGAGAGUCCCCGGCGACGUCUUCGUAGUCCCCUUCGACGUUGACGUUGCCGUCGCCGUCGUCUCCCUCUCGUUCUUCUGGCAUUUGCGUUUUCUGAGGAUGGCGGAUCAGUAUUGGUUGGGAGCGAUAUUGUCUUCCCUGAUAGGCUGCGUUAUGCUGUACAAAUUUCUCGCGAGGAGCAAUGCCCGCGGAAUUCCACCCCCGAGGGACGCCUGCCUCAAGAGCGCAUCCGCCAAAGGAGAAUGCGGAUCCAUUGACGGCGUCGGCGACGGCGUUGAUGUCAUCGUCGUCGGAGCUGGCGUCGCCGGCUCGGCUCUCGCUUACACGCUCGGCAAGGAUGGACGUCGAGUGCUCGUGAUUGAAAGAGACUUGGCGGAGCCUGAUCGAAUUGUUGGUGAACUGCUACAACCAGGUGGCUACCUCAAAUUGAUUGAGCUUGGUCUUGAAGAUUGCGUGGAGGGAAUUGAUGCUCAGCGGGUGUUUGGCUAUGCACUUUUCAAGGAUGGAAAAAAUACUAAACUCUCUUACCCGUUGGAAAAAUUUCACUCAAAUGUGUCUGGGAGGAGCUUUCACAAUGGCCGUUUCAUACAAAGAAUGAGGGAGAAGGCAGCAUCACUUUCCAAUGUACGGUUGCAGCAAGGAACAGUUACUUCUCUGCUUGAGGAAAAUGGAACCAUUAAAGGUGUACAAUACAAAACUAAAACAGGUCAAGAACUGACAGCAUAUGCACCUCUAACUGUUGUAUGUGAUGGCUGUUUUUCAAACUUGCGUCGCUCUCUUUGCAAACCUAUGGUAGAUGUACCUUCUUGUUUUGUUGGUUUGGUUCUGGAGAACACUGACCUUCCCCAUGCGAAUCACGGGCAUGUUAUUUUAGCAGAUCCAUCCCCCAUACUGUUUUAUCCUAUCAGUGGUACAGAGGUUCGCUGUCUGGUUGACGUCCCAGGGCAAAAGGUUCCUUCUAUAUCGAAUGGAGAAAUGGCCAACUACUUAAAGUCCGUGGUAGCUCCCCAGAUUCCUCAUGAGCUCUAUGAUGCCUUCAUUGCUGCAAUUGAUAGAGGAAACAUAAGGACGAUGCCAAAUAGAAGCAUGCCAGCUGCUCCCCAUCCUACUCCUGGUGCCCUUUUAAUGGGGGAUGCAUUCAACAUGCGCCACCCCUUAACUGGUGGAGGAAUGACUGUAGCACUCUCUGAUAUAGUUGUGCUACGAGAUCUUCUUAAGCCUUUGCGUAACCUGAAUGAUGCAUCUGCACUCUGCAAAUAUCUUGAAUCUUUUUAUACCUUGCGUAAGCCUGUGGCAUCUACGAUAAAUACAUUGGCAGGUGCCCUGUACAAGGUGUUUUGUGCUUCGCCUGAUCAAGCAAGAAAAGAAAUGCGUCAAGCUUGCUUUGAUUAUUUAAGCCUUGGAGGUGUAUUUUCCACAGGACCUGUCUCUUUACUUUCGGGGUUGAAUCCUCGCCCGUUGAGCUUGGUUCUCCAUUUCUUUGCCGUUGCAAUAUAUGGUGUUGGCCGUUUAUUAUUGCCAUUUCCUUCUCCAAAACGAAUGUGGAUUGGAGCCAGACUGAUCUCGGGUGCAUCAGGCAUCAUCUUCCCAAUUAUAAAGGCGGAAGGCGUUAGACAAAUGUUCUUCCCUGCAACUAUUCCAGCAUAUUAUAGAGCUGCUCCUGUUAAGUGAGAUCCUGAAAACCAUUAGACAAAUAAUCUGUAUUGCCAUCUGCCUUCCCUCACUCAAAACUAAGAGGAAAAAAGGGUUUUGAGUUUUCAUGUCGGGGCAGAGAUGAUUGUGCAUUCUCACUUUUUCAGGGCAACUGUGACAUCUUCCCAAAAUCAGAAGUAUGUAAAUCUUUUCUUUUAGAUAUGUUGGAUUAUGUCGGUGAUUGCAACCAUCUUCUCGUCUGUUUAGUGUUAAAUUACAGCACUCGGUCAAUGGUAAGCUUGUUAGCGUUUCAUUUACGAUAAUGUGGAAAUAAAGGAACAUUUUUGUUUUAUAUGUUAAAAAA